AUGGAUGGCAAUCGACGCUGGGCAAACUCUCAAAAGAUCCCGCUUCCCGUCAAACAGGGACACAUUUCGGGAUUCGGAGCGCUCAAGACCGUGCUGGAAGUGUGCUUGGAAUUGAGAGGCUUGGACACGGUUAGCGUGUACGCUUUUGCCAUUGAUAAUUUCAAGAGGGAACCGGAAGAGGUGGAGGCGCUCAUGAUGCUGGCAAAGAGAAACUUGAAAGAGCUUGCUGGGCACGGGUGAGUCUUUGCCAGUGCUGGUGGUUGGAGUGCAAAAGGUUUCGGUGCAGCGCAAACGGCGUGAAAAGCACAGGGUCGAGAAAGGCUGAUGAUGCGCUUGUGCUUGCUUGCUUGCUUGCUUGCUCCUCCUCUUCUUCAACGCCACCCGCACAGCGAGGUUUUGGCUAGACACUCGGUGCGCUUGCGCAUUGUUGGAAGGAGGGAACUCUUGCCGGUCGACGUGAGAGCGGCAGUGGAGAGCGUAGAGCGAAUGACGUUGGGUAAUAAGAGGUGAGGGUGGAUUCUUGGCGCUAGAGCAGACUCGUUUCGGCCGCGCUUGCGCGCGCACCGGCAACGCCUAGAUUGACGAUGCUGACUGAGCGCGCGCGCUCCUCUGCUUUUGACUUGACAGGGCAACGCUCAACGUUUGCAUACCUUACGCCUCGAGAGACGAAAUGGCAGGCGCUGUACGCUCGCUCGUCGACCACACAUCGAGAUUGAGGCAAAACGAAGUGGAGUGGCAAUGCACGCAGGAUGCGCUGCAGCAGAGAAUGUUGCUGGCUCAUAGUCCGCCCGUCGACGUCAUGGUGCGCACGUCGGGCGUCAAGAGGUUGAGCGAUUUCAUGCUCUGGCAAGUGAGUCUCACGGAAGAGAAUCUCCACAACUUUCUCUCUUGCGUUCAUGUGGUUUGGGAGGGCACCCGCCCCGCCCUCCGGCUCAAUGUGGACGCAAGCCAUGCUUUUGUUUUCCCCCUGUUUGCGUUCUCUUUUUUUUUCGUGCUGACUGGCCAACCGUUUUUCCAUCGACAGUCUUGCGAAGAGACGCAUCUGCACUUUACGGCUAGAUAUUGGCCGCUCUUUGGACUUAGGGAACUCAUACCCAUCAUACUGGACUAUCAGCGCGCAGAGUGGAGGAGGAGAUUGAUGAGCUGGGCCAGCUAA